AAUUUGUUUGGAAUGUUGAAGAGGAUUUCAAGCCUGUUCCAGAUAAUUGGAUUCCAGCAAAGGACAUAGAGUUCUCUAAUGGCAAUCCUUUGCCCGAUGAAAACGGACAUAUGCCAGGUUGGGUGCCUGUGGAGAAAAAUAGUAAGCAGUAUUGCUGGCACUCAUCUGUUGUAAAUUAUGAGGCUGAAAUAGCACUCGUAUUGAAACACCAUGCUGACCCAGGGCUUCUGGAAAUCAGUCCGGUGCCAUUAUCAGAAAUUUUAGAACAAACAUUGGAGCUUAUUGGGACUAAUAUUAAUGCAAAUCCAUAUGGGUUAGGAAGCAAGAAGCAGCCUGUACAUCUUCUUGUACCACAUGGAGCAUUUGAAAUAAAGAAUCCACCUGCUUUGAAACAACAUGACAUACUGUCUUGGUUUGAAGGCUGCAGCGAGGGUAAAGUUGAAGGAAUUGUGUGGCACUGCCAUGAUGGGUGUUUAAUCAAGCUCCAUCGCCAUCAUCUUGGUUUACGCUGGCCCCUUGCAGAGACAUACUUGAAUUCUCAGCCUGUUGUAAUUUCUUUUAAUAGAACUAAGUAUGACUGUGACUUUGAACCAAAGAGUUUGUUUCACCGUUUUUCAAACUUGGAUGGUCAAAGAUUUGACAGACUCAAAGAUAUCAAGUUUGAUGUUUGAAAUUAUUUUUCUCUUUGAAGUUAAUUGUCGUAUGUGCUGCAUUCCUCUUCUUGUGUCUACCACAGAACUCUUCACAAAUAAUCUUCUAGCUUAGGCAGCAGCCUAGGUACUGUACAAGUUUAAGAUUUUCCUAAAUGACUGUUUUUAUAUAAUGAGAUCCGACAUCCAGAGCAGAGAUCUAGCUUUCAGCAUGUUUAUUUUCAGUUCUGAAAAAUCCUUAACUUUU